GUGCUCCUUGUUUUCUCUGGGAUCAUUAUUUUGCCAUCAACUUCUCUGUGGAGGGCAGAAACGCCAUGGUUGCAGAGAAUGACGAGAUGCCUAUUGGUUGGCCACUUGGGCUUGGCUUCUUGAAUAUGAGACUUAGAGUAGUAGAAUCCCUCUCAGCAGCCUCAGUGGAACCAUACCAACUGCACGUGCCAUCCACCAGCUUCUCCUCAUUUUCAUCCUCUAACCUUGAUACUGAGUCCACGGCAUCGUUCUUUCAAGACAAGAGUGUAUCCCUUGCACAGUUAAUUGGAAUUAAACCAGGUGAGAGAGGACGCUUGUACUUCCCAAACACUUUAAGGGUUGAAGAAAGGAAGAAGAAAUUAGCAAAAGGUUCCUGUUCUGAUGGCUCUAAAGUACAAGGAAUGGAUAUGUCUCGAGGCAUUUGCAUACCCAUACUACUUGAUACACUCCUAAAGAUUAGCAAGAGCAAGAAGAGUUCAAGGAACUAG